GUCGCGUUUCUACCCUCCGUCAGCGCACUCCGUGUUACAAAUCGUGCUAUCGUAUAAUCAAAAGUACGAGUUAUAGAAUAAAUAUUUAGUGAAUUUAAUUAUAUAGAUAAUAAUAAUUAUAAUAAAUGACAUUUUAAAUAUUUAACUAGAAUUUUAUUUUAGAAAAUAUUAAAUCGUGGGUUAGUUUUAAUUGUGACUUUGAAUUUAAAUCCAGGUGUAGUUAAAUGUUUGCGGAGAGUACGAGUGCUCUUGAGACUACUACUCAAACUGACAUUUGAAUAUUUAGUCACGUGUUUUCGUGUUUUAUUAAUUAGUGUCACUUGUAUUUAUUAUUAUUACUAAUUAUUACUAGUCAAGAUAGUUGAUUAAUUUAUUUAUUGAUUAGUUGAAGCCACUGGAUAAUGUAGUGGGUAAACAAAAUGGUUUAGUGGUUGUAAAGGGUUGAGAUAAGAGUGAGACAAGAUAUAUAAAUAUCAAAUAAUGAUAAUCUAACGAGGAUUCAAUUUUAAAUAAUUUUCUUCAAAGGCGGAGAUUCGAUUGCAAAUAAUUAUAAUCCAGACUUUCAGGUGCUGAAUCUGCCAGAGGGUGAUUUUAUUGUGCAGUGAAGCUGUUGAAGCGGGUGAAAGGUGGUCAAUAUGACUCCUAUCUUGCUCGUCUUAUUGAUGGCGUUCGACACGAUUAUCGCGCAGAAUCAUGUUGGAAAUAUCAGCGACUCAAUGUUCAUCACGUACAUGACAAGUCCGCCGAAGAUCCUGAUGAAACCACGGUCUCAGCACGUAAAGGCAGGGGGGAUAGCGAGUUUUUACUGCAGCGCCCAUGGAGCACCGACGCCGCAAAUACACUGGCGCAAGAACGGCAAAAAAGUUUCCUCCUCAGCAUCCCGGUACAGCACAAAGUCGUACGCGAACGGCGCCCUUCUGAGGAUCGACCCCGUGAGGGCCGGACGUGACGAAGCCAUGUGGGAAUGCGUUGCUGAGAACGGUGUCGGCGAUGCUGUGACCGCAGAAGCUCAGCUGUCUGUCCACGAACCGGACAAUGUGCCCGUCGGGUUUCCAGUUAUCACUCAAUCGCCUACGACAAAGGUGGUGGAGAUGGGUCACAACGCGCUGCUAUCUUGCACAGCGAUCGGCUCGCCGCCUCCCAUAAUUUCCUGGAUCCGCGAUAUGGUGCCUAUCAAUACAUCUAACCCGCGAUACUCCGUGCUCGAUUCUGGCGCACUACAAAUAGAAGCAUCUGAGGUCGAUGAUCAGGGCCAGUAUGAAUGUGUUGCCAAUAACACUGUCGGUACCGAGUAUUCCGAGGCAAUACAACUCUACGUACGAGUUCGACGAUUGCCGCCCAGUUUUUCGAUACCACCCCCUACUGUCAGCGAGGUAAUGAUGGGCGCGUCUUUGAAUCUGACAUGUGUCGCUGUCGGUUCCCCAAUGCCUUACGUUAAAUGGCGUAAGGAACCCGCGACGGAAAUGACGCCAGAUGAUAAAUUGCCUAUUGGUAAAAACGUAUUGGUACUGACGGAAAUUAAAGAGUCGGCCAAUUAUACGUGCAUCGCUGCCAGUGAUCUCGGUGUUAUUGAAGCAUCUUCGAUGGUUAAAGUUCAAUCACUGCCAGGUGCACCAGAAAACGUUCAAGUAUCCGAAAUAACAGCAACAUCUGUAAAGCUGACAUGGUCGUACAAAAGACCCGACGAAUUGCAGUACUACGUCAUACAGCACAAACCAAAACAAGCGAACCAGGCGUUCGCUGAGAUAUCGGGUAUCACUACCAUGUACUAUCACGUGCGAAGUCUCAGCCCAUACACGGAAUAUGAGUUAUACGUGAUUGCUGUUAAUGUGAUUGGACGAGGUCCCCGGAGUCACCCGGUGUACGUCACAACCGGCGAAACAACGGAAUCAACAAAUGGAGGUUCCAGACCUGGGUCAGCGCCACGUAAAGUCCAAGUUCGUCCAUUGAGCUCGAGCACGAUGGUGAUACAGUGGGACGAGCCGGAAACGCCUAACGGUCAAGUCACGGGUUACAAAGUAUACUAUACAACCGAUCCAAACCAACCAAUGGCCUCAUGGCAGUCCCGGGUCGUGGACAACAACCAGCUGACCACUGUAUCUGACCUUACGCCCCACACAAUGUACACGAUUCGUGUACAAGCGUUGACGAGCGUAGGUCCUGGUCCACUGAGCCAGCCAAUCCAAAUAAAGACGCAACAAGGGGUGCCAAGUCAACCGGAAAAUCUUUCCGUAGUUGAUGUCGGGGAAAACUCAGUGACGCUCCAAUGGAGCAAACCAGCUCAUAGCGCCGAAAAUAUUCUUAGCUAUGAGCUCUAUUGGAACGACACUUACGCCCAGGAGAAACAUCAUCGCAGAAUAGGAGUUACUGAAAACUACACCCUUACUGGGUUGUAUCCGAACACUCUGUACUACGUCUGGCUGGCAGCACGCAGCCAACGUGGCGAGGGAGCAACAACUGUCCCGUAUGAAGUCCGCACCAAACAGUACGUACCCGGGGCUCCGCCUCGGAAUAUCACCGGACGAGCCAUCAGCACGACAUCUAUAAAAGUGUCAUGGGAGCCGCCGCCGACAGAGAGCAGUAACGGAAGGAUCGCGUACUACAAACUUCAAGUCGUGGAGACCGGGCGCUCUGAUUCAGAGGCCAGGGUCAUCAAACUUAACAGCACCGAGUUUGUACUGGACGAGUUGAAAAAAUGGACCACCUACAGAAUUUGGGUUGUCGCUGGUACCAGCGUAGGUGACGGACCACCGAGUUACCCUAUCACUGUGAGAACUUAUGAGGACGUGCCAGGAAAUCCCCAGGACGUCACAGCAACAGCUUUGAAUUCAACGACAAUUAGAGUUGAAUGGAAACCACCGCGAAUUAAUGACCAAAAUGGCGUUAUCAGAGGCUAUCAUGUUCAUGUACAAGAAGUUAGAGAAGAGGGUAAGGAUUUGCUGAAUGAACCAAUACGCCGAGAUGUCCACGAGGACGGUGUCUUGGCAAUCAACGUCACGGAUUUACAACCGGAUACAAAGUAUUAUGUCCAAGUGGCUGCUCUGACGCGAAAAGGGGACGGGGACCGGUCGCCUCCUGUGCACGUUAAGACUCCUGGUGGUGUGCCAAAUAGGCCACAAGUCAACGUCAAGGUAAUCAAUCAAGAUCCAAUAGUCCUCGAGCUGGAGUGGGCGAAACCAAGUGAACCAGCUGGACAAUUAACGGGUUACCGGGUUAAAUACGGAAUUAAAAAUCAAACAUUGAAAGAAGAAUUUAUAAAAGAUAUUAAUCAGUUUACAUUCAAAAUUAAAGAUGUCGAACGUGGAGUUCAUUAUGAAUUUCGUAUCGCUGGUGAGAAUCAAAACGGAAUUGGCCAAGAAACUGUACGUUACUGGGAGAGUCCCGAAGGUGAACCGUCAGGUCCGCCGACGAAUCUCACCUACACAUUCCAGACCCAAGACACCGUGUGCGUAAAAUGGAGCGAACCCGCGCGACGCCAUCGAAACGGGCAGAUAAUCCGCUACGACGUCGAGUUCCACAAGAAAAAUGACCACAGCACGAUCGAGGCGCGUAACACCACACAGGAACGCGCUGUGUUCACGAACCUCGAAGAGGCAACGGAAUAUGUGUUCCACGUGCGUGCGCACACAGUUCGCGGCGCGGGACCGUACUCGGAAAAAAUAACGAUAGUUACCGAGAAAGACAUCGGACGCGCGCCCCUAUACGUUAAUGCAGUAGCGACCUCUGAAUCAAACGUAGAAGUUUGGUGGGAGCCCGUGCCCAACCGCGACAAAAUAAUAGGCUACAAAAUAUUCUACACGAUGACAGCGGUCGAGGACUUGGACCAGUGGAAGCAGAAAUUUAUCGGCAUGACCGAGUCCGCGGACCUCGAAAACCUGGAGCGUGACACUGCCUACGCGAUCGCUGUUGCUGCGCGAUACAAAAACGAUAUUUUGGGUCGUCUCAGUCAAAAAGUCACCGUUAAAGUAAAACCUGAAGACGUCCCGCUAAACUUACGCGCGUCUGAUACCUCGACGCACUCGAUGACUCUCUCCUGGACUCCGCCGAUAAGACUGAAUCCUACGGGCUACAAAGUAUCCUUCGAUGCAAUAAAAGAAUUUGUCGAUUCCCAAGGAAUCACCCAAACCCAAAUAGUGCCUCGCAGAACGAUACGUCUUGACGCGACCGCGACCACUACGACGAUCGACGAGUUGCAGCCAUUUACCACUUACAACGUCAACGUCAGCGCAAUUCCCACUGACGGGUCGUACAAACCGCCGGCUAAGAUCACAGUGACCACGCAAAUGGCCGCGCCUAAGCCCAUGGUCAAGCCUGACUUCUAUGGGGUCGUCAAGAAAGAGGAGAUUCACGUUAUUUUGCCUCAGGCUUCUGAGGAAUACGGACCAAUAGCUUAUUAUUAUUUGAUCGUUGUGCCUGAGGACAAGGCGACUGCGCACAAACAGCCCGACGAAUUUACCGAGGACAUGAUUACCGGGAAAAAUGCAAAACAAGAUCCAGAAAACGCCCCCUACAUCGCCGCUAAAUUUUCUCACAGAACUAUUCCGUACACUUUUCAACUGGGCAGCGGGGAUGAUUACGAAGGUUAUGUCAAUAAAAAGCUAGAUCUUACUAAACGAUAUAGAAUUUUUGUACGCGCGAUUGUCGAUACUCCCAAAAAGCAUCUUUAUACGUCAUCACCCUUUUCGGAAUAUUUAUCACUCGACAUGCGAGAAGUGCCGCCCGGGGAUCCACCGAGCCGACCAAACCCCGACAACCCGCCCGACGGAAACCCCGAAGUGUCGGUAACAAACAGCGGACAGGAACCGGGAAUGGUUUGGGUAAUUGGCCCAGUGAUAGCCGCCUUAAUGGUCAGCAUUUGCAUCGUCUUGCUGUUCGUAGUCAGGAAACGCAGACAGCCGUGCAAAGCGCCCGAUCAAGCAGCAGUGACGAGGCCUCUGAUGGCCGCGGACAUAAGUUCAAACCACGCGCCGUCAGAUCCCGUUGAGAUGCGUCGUCUGAAUUUCCAGACACCCGGAAUGAUAUCGCACCCGCCGAUACCCAUCAGUGAGCUCGGGAAUCACAUCGAGAGGCUGAAGGCAAACGAUAACCUAAAAUUCAGCCAAGAGUACGAGUCGAUUGAACCGGGCCAGCAGUUUACGUGGGACCAUUCCAAUAUGGAAGUCAAUACAUCGAAAAAUCGCUACGCAAAUGUCAUUGCGUAUGACCAUUCGCGUGUGAUUCUCCAAACAAUCGACGGAAUACCAGGAUCUGAUUACAUCAAUGCCAACUACUGCGACGGAUAUCGAAAGCAGAACGCGUAUGUGGCCACCCAAGGACCCUUGCAAGAAACUUUCGCCGAUUUCUGGCGCAUGUGCUGGGAACUGCGCACUAGCACUAUUGUGAUGAUGACCAAACUCGAAGAGCGCACGCGCAUUAAGUGCGACCAGUACUGGCCGACCCGUGGCGCUGAAACUUACGGGCAAAUGACCGUUACAAUAAGUGACGUACAAGAAUUGGCGACUUAUUGCAUCAGGACAUUCCAAGUUUGUCGCACGGGUUACACAGACCGGAGGGAAAUAAAGCAGCUGCAGUUCACCGCCUGGCCAGAUCACGGCGUACCGGAACAUCCGGCGCCAUUUUUACAGUUUUUACGUCGGGUAAAAACGCUCAAUGUACCUGAUUCUGGUCCGCUCGUUGUCCACUGCAGCGCUGGUGUCGGCAGAACUGGUUGUUUCAUUGUAAUAGACUCGAUGCUCGAACGCAUAAAACACGAAAAAAUGAUAGACAUUUACGGACAUGUCACUUGUUUACGCGCCCAACGUAAUUAUAUGGUACAAACAGAAGACCAGUAUAUAUUUAUACAUGACGCGUUAUUCGAGGCGGUGAUUUGCGGGUUCACAGAAGUGCCGGCACGUAAUUUGCACUCGCACAUACAGAAACUUAUGCAGACCGAACUGGACAACAUAACGGGAAUGGAACUUGAAUUCAAAAAACUUUCUAACAUAAAAGCCGACUCGACGCGAUUCAUAUCCGCGAACUUGCCCUGUAAUAAACACAAAAAUCGGUUGGUUCAUAUUCUGCCUUAUGAGUGUACGCGAGUUUGUUUGCAGCCGCAACGUAGCAUUGAAGGAUCGGAUUACAUAAAUGCGAGUUUCAUCGAUGGUUAUCGUUACCGCUGUGCUUACAUCGCGACUCAAGGGCCGCUUAAUGAAACCACCGACGAUUUCUGGCGCAUGCUCUGGGAGCACAACUCGACGAUCGUCGUGAUGCUGACGAAGCUGAAGGAAAUGGGCCGUGAAAAGUGCCACCAGUACUGGCCGUCAGACCGCUCUAUCAGGUAUCAGUGCUUCGUGGUCGACCCGAUCGCCGAGUACAAUAUGCCGCAGUAUAUACUCAGGGAGUUUAAGGUCACCGACGCACGAGAUGGCGCCAGUCGCACGGUGCGGCAGUUCCAGUUCAUCGACUGGCCGGAGCAGGGCGUGCCUAAGUCCGGCGACGGGUUCAUUGACUUCAUUGGACAGGUGCAUAAAACAAAAGAACAAUUUGGCCAGGAUGGCCCUAUUACGGUCCACUGUAGUGCGGGUGUUGGUAGAACUGGUGUUUUCAUUACGCUGAGUAUUGUUUUGGAGCGUAUGCAGUAUGAAGGAGUUGUUGAUAUCUUCCAGACAGUUAGAAUAUUACGUACGCAACGUCCUGCUAUGGUUCAAACUGAGGAUCAAUAUCAGUUUUGUUAUCGUGCUAGUUUGGAAUACUUGGGAUCAUUUGACCACUAUGCCAACUGACAAGAAGAAAUCCGCGAGCCCAGAGAGCCAACGAGAGACCGGGGAGAGCGUCACAUAAGAAGUCGUGAGAGUACUGGCGAAAGAGCUAAGAUACGCCGAGUUUAGUUUCUCUAAAUCUCAGACAAUUAACAUAAAUAAAUUUUUUAUUAAUAAUUAAUAUCAAUGCAUAAAUUAAUAAAAAUAGUUAACGCUUAUGACGGUUGAGUCGUUGUGUUUGCAAGCUCGUCGGGUUUUUAGAGGUAAUUAACUUACGGACAAUUACCGGUAACGAUGCUACGGGGUUUAGAGCACUUUGAUGAUUUAAAAUGUACUUGAUAACCAUCAAUUAAUUCAACUCCCAUUAUAUAUUUUUUAUUAUUUUUUUACUUUUUUUUAAAUUUCAUUUACGAACAAAUCAAUUAUGUCUAUCAGUAUAUAGAGAGAGUAACAAUAAUUAUUACAAUUAAUUAUUAAUUAAGUCGUUUGAUUAACGAAGACUGCCAUUGGGCGCGCGGACCGGUGUUUUUAAAUUUAAAUGUCGAACAAAAAAUAUGAAACCGGUGACACGUAAAGUUUCUUUUGAAACAGAGCCUUAAAGAGUUUCGAUGCGAACAAAUAAAAUAAUUGUCCAUAAAAAAAAAAAAUGAUUUACAAGGAGCCCUCCGUCUAUAGAUUUUUCUCAGUUGAUAAUUAUCAUAGUGUAGCUAUUAAUUAAUUGAUUAAUUAAUUAUUAUUAAUUAUAAAUUAUAAAUUAUUGUAGAUAAUGAAUGGGAGUUAAUCGAAAAGUAAUUAAGGUAGUAGGCAAUUAAUUAAUCGAGUCGACACAUAUCGGUAUGGAAAUUGAUUUUCAGGUUUUAUAAAAAAUUAAUUAUAAUGAUAAUAAUUAAUUUAUUAAACGCUCUGUCAUUAUAGACUGAGGUACUUAUACUUAAAACGAUAAUAUCUGAAUCUUAUCUAAAUAUCGUCCCCUUUUUACCCGCUCUCUUUUUUAGAAGGAUUUAAAAUUUUUAUGACAAUUUAUUAUUAUCCAAUUACGAGAUAGUUUAAUUAAUUAAUAAUUAAUUCAAUCAAUCAAUCAAUCAAUCUUUUGACAGUUUUUUAAAAUAAAAUCGUUCAAUAUUUAAACUAACGCCGAAAUUUUUAAAUUAUUAGGCGACGUUUGACGAUCGUUUAAAUAAUUUUAUCGGUAUUUUGUAAUUGGUCGCUAUAUGACGGAAGUUUAAAUUUCCUAUGGUAAAAUAACCUCAAAAUUUUAUUUUAAUUUUUCUUAAACAAUCGAUAGAAUUUUUAUUUAUUUUAUUCUAAAGUUUUUUAAUUGGGUUCAAAAAAAAUUUUUAAAUAACCGAAUUUUAAGAAUUUUUUUUUUUUAAAUCAAACGGAAUUUAUAAUUAGGGUCCAUGGGUAAAUUUUACUCAAAUUACUAAAAGUAAUUGAUAUAUUUAUGGUAUGGUAAUUUUUCCGAUUUUAAACUCGGGUAAUUUUUCCGCGCGGUUAUUUUACGCGAAGAGGGGGGAGCUGCUCUAGCUCUGAGUUUUUUCCGAAUGCACCCAGACAAAAAAAUAAACUCGGAAUUUUUAAUUUUUAUUAAUAAUUUAUUAAUUAUUUUCAUUAGUUGCGCGGUAAAUUUAAAUAUUUAAAGAAUAAAUUAUUAGAAACGAGAAAAAUUAAAAAUCGUAUGUCAAAAUAAAAUGGCGGCAGAUCAUGACAGAAAAAUAUUUAAAAUAUUUAAAAAGAAAACACUUGAGUGUUUGAACAAACCUUGGCGGGGAAAUAAUAUGCAGAAGGGUGUCCUAAUACACUUGGAGAUUUAAUUUGAAUUUUUCCAAGUGUAUUCCAGCUAAAAAAACGUUACUUAACUGCUAUUUCCCACCAAACGAUGCCAGAUGAGUUUAAACAGGAACUUGCAAGUUAUCAGCAUCAGCAAUUUGCAACACUUUACACUCGAACUGAACAUUUAACACUUCACACUCGCGCUGAACACUUAACAUUGCACUAGCACUGAACACUCAACACUUAACGACAGCACAAACACUUUUCACAAUUUAAAUUUUACAAACACUGCACAAUUAAUUUAAACAACAACUAUGACGCCACUGCACUACUGUAUUUCAAUUCAAACGUAACGAUCUGGACGUUUACUGCCACUUUCGAUGAUACUGACUGCCGCUAUCGAACCGUCAGUUGAUACAAAGCAAUCGAUUUUGCGAUUCAUCGACCCCCACUUUAGCAAAAAUUUUGAACGUCGAAUACAGGGACGCGCAGUAGCGCCAACGGCGCGAAAUUUCAAAAUUUAAAUUUAAUCAUUUUAUUUAAAAUUAUUUGUGUCAAUAUUAUAUUAAUUAGGGUGCAUUCGGAAAUACUCUAGCUCUAGCUCCCACUAUAUGACAACGCUGUGAGUGUGAAUGUGGCAGAUAUCAGACAAAUUUAAAUUAUAAAUAAAUAGAAGAAACAAUUAAAAAAAUAAUAAUUAUAAAAAAUUCACUUAUCAAUUUUAUAAUUUUUUGAAUGUGCAUUUUUUAAAAAUUUAGUUUUAUUAAUUAUACUCUAUUUAUUUAUAGAUUUGAAUUUGUCUGAUGUCACAGUCAUUGUAAAUGUAGCAGAUAUGAAACAAAUUUUAAAUUACAAAUAAAUGAAUUAAACAAUUAAAAAUGUAAAAAUAAAAAUAAUGCACGUACUAAUUUUCAAAUUCUCUAAAUGUGUAUUUUUUUAAAUUUCAUUUAAUUUACAUUUAAUUCACUUUUUUUUUAAUUUUUUAAAUCAACAAUUGACAGCUAUAUUCACACUCAUGAUCCUGAAGUUGACAGCCAAUCACCGAAUUUUCGGAUCGUUUUUUCGCGAAAAAAUUACAAAAAAAAUAUUCACAUGUAGAAAAUUUUAAAAACUACAGGUGCAAUUUUUUCAAAUAUUUGUUUUAUAAUUUAUUGUUUAAAAAAAAAAAUCCAAAAAUUGUUCGACGUCGACUAACUUCAGUAUCGUUCACACUCAUAUGGCGACGCUUGGCUAGAGCAUUUCCAAAUGCACCCAGGGUAGAGGUAAUUUAAACUCUGAUGAUUUUACCGCGCGAUUAUUUCACCGCGAGGGAUGGGGAAAUUUUACCAUAGGGUUAAUUAGACAGUUGUAUAGAGACUUAACCAAUAAAAUAAUUUGUGCUCAUUAAAAAAAUAUAAAAAAAAUUGCCAUACUGCCAAAAUCGACAAUGCUAUUGCCAAUAUGCAGAAAAACUUAAUUAAUUAAAUAAUUAAUAAUAAAAUAAUUGGAAUGUCAUUAAUAUAAUUAUAAAUACUACCAAUAAAUCUUAGGUAGCUAACAAUUAAUAUAAUUGUUAUAAUUAUAGUUUUUAAUAAUAAAUUAUAAAUAAUGAAAAUAAAUAAUUAUAAAAACGCCAUUAGGUCACGACUAACGAAAUGAAUGAAUGUCAUAAAUGUGUACGGUGCCUAUAUGUGUAUUUAAUUAUAAAUUAUUAUUUUAUUGUAUGUAGCGAAAUGAGCGACAGGAUUUAUUUUAUAAUAAUAAUAAUAAUAUAAAUAGUUAUUAAUUAUUAAUUAUUGGUAUUAUUAUUAUUUCAAAUCUAUUUGGAUAAGAGCACUGUAUGUUAAUUGCACGCAACGUCACUUCCAGGCCUCUGAUUUUAUUUUUAUAACCGCAUGUACAAAGUUACAAUUUUUACUCGUAAUGUCAUUGAUAAUUUUAAUUUACUAAUUUAAUAAUCAGUUGUUUUUAAUAAAAAGAUCAGUAGGUCUGUUAAAUCUUAAAACAAAUUUUUGAUAAUUAGAUCUAUAACUUUAUGAAAAAUAUAUAAAGUUAAAAUCCGGGAAGAAAAUACUUAGAUAUGAUGAUAUAUGAAGUCAAAAGCAGAGGUAGUUGUUUAUCUGAUCACAUUCAUCAUAUAUGAUCAUAUUUCAUCAGAUAUGCAGCUGUAUUUACUUUUAUAGUUUCAUGUAAUUUAUAUGAUAUCAGAUAUAAUUAUAUACAUAAAUCUAUAUGAUCAUAUAUGACUGGUUGUAUCUGAUCAAAUAUCUGAUCAUAUAUCAUUAAAUAUGACACUGGAUUUACAGUUUCAUGUAAUUUAUAUGAUAUCAGAUAUAAUUAUACACAUAAAUCUAUAUGAUCAUAUAUGACUGGUCAUAUUUGAUUAAAUAAAAAAUAUAGCAAUAUCUGAUAUCAUAAAAUUAUAUACACUGAUACAGUUAAAUAUCUGAUCAUAUAUCAUCAAAUAUGACACUGGAUUUACGUUUAUAGUUUCAUGUAAUUUGUAUAAUAUCAGAUGUAAUUAUAUAUAUAAAUCUAUAUGAUCAUAUAUAACUGGUAAUAUCUGAUUAAAUAAAAAUAAAUAGCAAUAUCUGAUAUUAUAUGAAAUUAUAAAUACUGACACUGUUAAAUAUCUGAUCAUAUAUGAUCAUAUAUCAUCAGAUGUGAUACUGGUUUUACAAUUAAAGUUUCAUGUUAUUUCUAUGAUAUCAGAUAUAAUUAUAUAUGAUCACAUAUGGCCACUCAUAUUGACCUAGAUACUGAAAACCGUAAUAUCUGAUGAUCUAUAAAAUCAGAAGUCCCGUUGUAAUUAUAUGUGAUCAUAUAAGUUUAUAUAUAAUUAUAUUUGAGGUUAUAUGAUUAUAUCUCAUUAUUUCUUCUCGGUAAUUUUUAGCCUGUAUGGACAAUAAACACAAUUAUUUAUAACCUGUUCAAAAUAAUUCAAAAAUAAUCGUAUAUUUUUACGAUAGCAAUUAACUUGAUAAUUGAAGUAUUGGAAAAUUUGUUUUGUGCUAAUCGAUGAAUUGAUAGAUUUUUUUAUUUACUUAUUAAAGCGGACAGGGGCCAGAAGUUGCGAUUAAUGUGUACAUAAAUGCACCGUCUGUCAUGUUUAGUGUUAAAUAAAGUAUGUUGAUAAGAUAAAAAUAAUAUAUACAUAGAUUUAUAUAUAUAUGAAUAUAUAAAUAUAUAAAUACAAAUGAAUAAAAAUAAAUAUAAAUAUAUAAAUAUAUUACGAACAUUCUAAAAGAAGUUGAACAAAAGAAGAAAACAAUGAUAUGAAAAAUAGGUUAUGGUUUGAACAAAGUAUCCGGUUUAGAUUUGAAACAAAGAUGAAAGAAUAAUGAAAAUGGAUAAUUCAAAAACGCACUGUUAUAUUUUAAAAAAUAUCAUCAAACCCGUAAAAGUUUAGCUUAUUUAAUAGAUUUUUUAUAUUGCGUAAUGUCAUCUUUUUUAUAUAUUUUUACGAUAUAAAAUUAACAUAUUAAAUAUAAUUAUUUACGCGAUUAAUGACAGUUAUUAAUUGUAUUAAACAAUUGAUGUAAUUGAAUUUUUUCCGGAAUAAUUAAUUAAUAAUCGAGGGUAAAGUAGAUUUAUUUAGAGUAUUAAUAUUACGAUUACGUAUUUACGGUUAGUUAAAGUUUUAAUUGUUAGCGAACAAACUUCGAUGAAUCCAGUACUUGUAUUUGUGAAUAACGCAUUUAAUAUAUGUAAAUUUAUUUAGGGUACGUAUAAGUCAAUUUUAAACUUCACUUAAAGCCACAAAUUUAUAUUUUAUUCAAUUUUUAGUGGACUUGGGUAUUUUAUCGUGUAUCAUGUGUAAUCUAGUCGAAAAGUCCAUCCAUUGUUUCGUUAAUCAUUUUUUUAAACUAUUAAUUACUCAUUAAUCAUUUUAAUCAACUUCUUAAUCAAUUGGCAUUGAAAUUUAUCCGGGAUUCGAAACUACAGAAUUAUCAACGAUAAAUAAAAUGGGAAUUUGAAGGAAAUUGAAACUAACCUCGAAAUUUGAUUGCAAACAAGAAAAUUUAAAAUUGCGCGCGAAAAGAUUCAUUUUUAAAUUCCAUUUAUUUUUAAAAUUUACCGAUCACCGGCUUCGUUAUAAAAUUUUCACUAAAAAAAAUGACGAUACAAACCGGCCGCCAUUUUAAAAAAAUUAACCAAUAGAAUCAAUGAAAAUAAAUUCUGGCCUCAAAUAAUCUGCGGUUCCGAAUCGAAUGAACUUCAAAAUUUUAAAUAAAAAUUAAUUUUAUAAAUAAAAUAAAAAAAAAUAUGGUGGCUUUAAGUGUCGAAUGUCAAUCAUAACUUAUUUUAAAACAAAGAAAACAACAAUACUGCCAAUUGUUUCGUAUAUUGACAACAUAUUAAUGAACUAUAAAAAGUAAUAUUUGACUUCUUAUCCAUUCCAUGUCAGUGUAUUUUUUUUCUAUACUUUUAUUAUCAUUUUUUAUUUAAAUAUAAAUUUAUAUUGUAUUCAAUUGUAUAAUUUUUAAUAUAUGAAUUAAUAAGUAACUAUAAAAAUUUAAUUAAUUAAUUAAUGUAUCAGUUAAUUUAAAAAAUCAUCUGGCGAUUCCAUUUCUCAACGAUAUCUAUUAUUAACACACGAAUUAAAAAUCCUGUUGUUUUUCAUUGUUUGUUGAUUAAACAAAGAAAUCCUAACCUCGAAUUUUUAAUGAGUGUCAAUGCAGCAGACACCAGACAAAUUUAAAAUUAUAAAUGAAUCGAGUAAAUAAUUAAUAAAAUAAAAUUUUUAAAAAAUGCGCAUUUGAAAAAUUUUGAAGUCAACAAGUGCAUUUUUUGUAAUUAUUUAAAAAAAAUUUAUUUACUCCUUAUUUAUAAUUUUAAAUUUGUCUGCUGCAUUGACACUCAUAAUUUUUAAUGUAUCGAUUUAAAAUUUUUUAAUUAAUUGACUAAUUUUUUUUAAACUGUGUAAAGAUUUAUUGUAUUAAUCGAAAUAUUUUUCUUGUAAUCUCAUAGUCUAUUGUAACAAAAUAAAUUGUUUUAUCAUGGAAUUAUAAAUACUAAUUAAUAACUAAUUAAUUAAUGAAUUAAUAAAUUAAUAAAUAAUAAUAAUAAUAAUCCAUGUGAAAUAAUUAAGAGCAGCGUUAACUUUUACGAGUGAUGUAAAAAUAGCAAUUUGAAAUAUAAAAUAAAGUUAAAUAAAUAAAUAAUAAAAUAAAUUCUGGGGAUUUAAUAAAAUAACGUUGAGAUAAUGGAUAAUUAUUUUGUGAUACUUUCUUGCCAGAUAUAAACAACAACAGGCUGAGACAAAUAUAUUAAAUAAAAUAAAAAAAUAAAUGUUACUCAUGGACAACAAGACGAAUGAAAUUAUUGUGUAAUAGAAAUAAAUAAAUGAAUAAUUAAUUAAAAUAUUAUGAGGAUUAAUGAUGUGAAGAAGAAUACCAUGUACAUUAUUGUAUUGCCUUUGGCAUAGAAUAGAAACUAACAGUGUAA